CUACAGCGCUGGGACCAGCGCGUGUGGGAAGGGCGGGCAGUGGCAGCCGGCGCUGGCGUUGUUGAACGAGAUGCGGGAGGCGACGCUGGAGCCCAACGCCAUCUCACCUACAACCUACGGUGCCGGGGUUAGCGCGUGCGAGAAGGGCGGGCAGUGGCAACAGGCAGUGUCGCUGCUCAGCGAGAUGCGGCAGGCGAGGAUUGAGCCCGAUGUCAUGAUCUACAGCGCUGCGAUCCGCGCGUGCGGGAAAUGCGGGAAGUGGCAACAGGCUCUGUCGUUGCCCAGCGAGAUGCGAGCGUCGAAGGUGGAGCCUGACGUCAUUCAGCUAUAA